AUGGAUAAAGGGAAAAGUGUUCUUCCUAACGAACUUACUUUACUCGAAAAAAAAGAUCAAGAAAUUAAGCGUCUUCAAAAAGCUCUCAUUGCUUCUACUAAACAAUUUUAUGCAAUUCAAAAUGAUGCAAUUAGAAAUUUUACUGAAGCAAUUCGGUAUAAUGAAAAUAUUCUUUAUAAUGUCGUAUCUAAUCAUGAUAUUAUUCCCUCUCGUGAAAGUAAUGGCUAUGCUUCCUUGAGGAAUCAAUUAGUAGCUUCACAAGCUAUUCUUGCUGAUGCUAGGGAUGCAAUUUUGAAUUAUCAACCUGUUGAUGAUCAAUUUAUUGCUGAUGACGAUAAAGAUUCUAUAAAAAGCAUUACUACUGUUAAUAAUUUUAAAGUAGUAGAACCUCCUAAACCUCCUAUUCCUUCUCAAGCUUUCGUUGAUUCUUUAAAAGAACUUUCGGAAAAGCUUUGUCAACAUCAAAUCGAUACUCAUUCAACUGAUAUUAAGAGUCGUGAUACAAGUGAAAUCUUUGGUGGAUCAAAAUGGUGUGAUAAAUUACGUGAAGAUCUUUGUGUAGGUAAAGCGAUCACUCAAGAACCUAAAGGUACUCCUCAAAUCAAGAUCCCUGCUGUUUACAUCGGCGUAUUUAAGAUAGAUAUCCCACCUGCUGUCAUUAAGAAAUCAUUGAGUGAUAUGUUUGGAGAUGUGAUUGCUGUUGCAAAAUAUCGUCAUAGAGAUCACGCUUUUGCUUAUUUUUCUGAAUGGGAAUCUUAUAAUGAAGCCUUAAAUCAAGGUGGAAUAGUUAUUUCUGGCCAAAUGUUAUCCAUUCGAAAAUCCGACCAUGCACCUAGACCCGGAUCUUUUGAUUGGUACAGAUUUCGUAGUGCUUAUAUGAAUGUGAGUGAAAAUAAAGAUAUGACUAAGUAA